CGCAGUAGCUGCUGCUCCGUCUCCUGGUCCCUGGGAAAGGCAAAGCCAGCAGCCAGGCGGUGGAUGCUCAGCCCUCUGCGCUGGGUGGCUGUCCCCGUUGCCUGUGCCUGGGCAUGGCUUGUGCCACCCCGGGGGCAGCCGGGCCCAGUGUCCCCAUCGGGGUGGGAUGGGUGUCCAGGUGUGGGAGACAGCCUGCUGUGCCCGUGAGCCUGAUGAGGGGGAAGGCACCUGGGGUUAUUCUUACAGCCCUCUGAGGGAUGCUUUCCUGAUGACACAGUGCUGUGGGGAACUUGUGUCUAAUUUGUACCGGGAUGGGUGUCUGUAAGCAGUCCGUGUGGUCACACAGAUAUGACAGCUGGGCCCUCCCGAUGUAAAGAGUAGGAUUGCAGGCCCCGGUGCUCCCCGGGCAGGCUGCCGCCGGGAAAGCGUGGGGCAGCUUCGAUCCCGGCAAGCAGCAGCGGGACAACGAGGAAAUCACAAACCCUCCUCGGCCCGGCGUCGAAGCCCCUUUGGAUGGACUGAGCGGGCUGAACCGGGGCAAACCGGGGGGGCUCGGUUACCAGCGGGGCUAUUCGCCCACUCUUUCCUCACCGUGCCAGUGGCAAACCAGCAAGCUGGGCGCAGAGCCUGCCCCUGCAGGAUCUAUGAGAAAAGGUAACUCGGGAAAACACUGCAGAUUUGGAGCUGAGUCUACAGCCUUCUAGGAAGAAAACCAACAGCUCUUAAAUGUGCAAGUUUGGACUGCAGCUGUAUUUGUUUGGGAAGACUAUGGGUAGGUACCAGGGCUGGCAGAUGAGCUGUUUGAACGCCGUCCUUCUCGUGCUGCUGUGCAGCAGCAUUUCCCAUGCACAGAGGGACUGCACGGGCGCCGAGUGCCAGCCCCUGGACAACUGCAUCGAGGACGUGCUGGAGCCCGGCGAGUGCUGCGCCACGUGCCUGCAGCACGGCUGCACGUGCGAAGGCUACCAGUACUAUGACUGUGUCAAUGUGGGCUUUAUCAAUGGCAAAGUACCUGAAGGGCAGUCUUAUUUCGUGGACUUUGGAAGCACUGAGUGUUCGUGCCCCAAGGGAGGAGGCAAGAUCAGCUGCCAGUUCAUGCUGUGCCCGGAGCUGCCUCCAAACUGCAUUGAUGCGGUGGUGCCAGCGGACGGAUGCCCUCAGUGUGGAAGAAUAGGUUGCCUCCACGAGGGCCAGAAGUACGUAGCAGGGCACACCUUCCACAUGCCCCCGUGCAAGGUUUGCCAUUGCCCAAAUGCUGGCGGUGAGCUGAUGUGCUACCAGCUUCCAGACUGUAACACGUUCGCCUUAAAUACUGUGAGUCCCAUGGACACUGAAGACACCGAACCAGAGAGGCACUACGAUGAUCCGUACAGCUACGACCAGGAGGCUCCAGAAGGAGACAACACCCAGGUGGAAUCUCAAAAAUACAGGAGCUACUCUUCCCAUCUUGAGCAAGAGAGCAUCAGCCAAGAACAAAGUGAGGAUUAUGACUACUUACCAGCCAGCAUUGCUCCUUCAGUUUCAGCUCUGGCUGAUACAUACGCCGAGGAAAUGACUGUACCACUCACUACACCAGCACCUAAGCUGCCCUCUGAAUUUCGCAGUGCCACAGAAAGAAUUGAGCGAAAGAGAGUGCCCCGAACCACUGCAGCAUCCCCCCAGCAAGUGAUGCAUAAGGAAGCACCAGCAACCACCAGUACCCCUCCAGAGCACACCACAGCCACCACUGAGACCUCUGAGCACCUGGGGGAGCCAGAGAGGAGACCCAAGGGGAAGCAAGGGGACAAAGAGAGGAAUGAGCAAGAAAGAGCCCCACACUCUAAAAUGAAAAAGCAUGCCAGAAAAGAAGACCCAGGGAACAGUAUUCAUCUAGGCUUGAAAGAAGUGAAUUUAACAGAGCCAAGUCCAGCAAAAUCUUCCCAUGAAACACAAGAGGGAAAUGCUUUCCCCAAGGUAAAGUUCAGUGCCACAACCUCUCCCCCCGUUGCUCUAAAGGAAGAUCGUAGUCAGUCAUCCCAAAAGCAGUCACAGACGCUUUAUCGUUACCAUCCUGAGGAAGAUGGGGACCCCAACUCUAUUCACACCAACCCUAGGUUACCAGAAGGUUCUACAAGGGAAUUGAUUGAGAGCUGCUGUGGAGCUGGACAGCAGUGGGCUAUCGAUAACGGGGAGUGCACAGAAAUUCCUGUAAGUGGAGUGGAUGGUGAUAUUUGCAGAAUUGCUCAGAAGCAGUGUUGCAUCUCCACCAUCAAGGAGAACAGCUGCCUGGCUGGCAUGAUUGCUGCAAAGGACGGAGAUGUGUGUGGACCAGAGGAAAGCGAUACCUGUGGAGGAUCAUCAUAUAAGCAAUGCUGUGAUUGCUGUAAUCUGGGCCUGCGAUUAAGGAGUGAAGGGAAAACCUGCGAGUCCAACAUAAAUCUGGGCUACCCCUGCAGUCAUGUGAUGCUGUCCUGCUGUGAAGGGGGAGAUCACUUUAUCCAGCCAGAAAUAAAAAGGCAUCCCGAACCUUUGCCAACAGUGACACCUGAGAAGGUUUCAGAGACGGAAGAUCACAAUGAAGCUUUGUCCAUCAGCAAUGAAGCUGAGCUGUCAAAUAACCUGCCUGGAGAUGACCUGGAUGAAUGUCUUCUCUACGGUGGGGAACUCUGUCAGCAUUUGUGUAUAAACACUGUGGGGUCCUACAAGUGCUCCUGUUUCCCGGAAUUCACUUUGCAAGAAGAUGGGACCAGCUGCUCUCCAGACCCUGACGGAGGACAGGUGACAAGCCUGGAAGCAGAACCCACUGCCCCUCCGGCAGCCUCUCCUGCUCAGCCUCUUCUCAUCGUGUCCUUACAGGAAGAGCAGGAUAAGUGCAAAGAUAAUGGUCCCUGCAAGCACAUCUGCAAUGUUGUGGAAGAAAAUGUUGUAUGCUCGUGUUUGUCUGGAUAUACUAUCAUGGCUGAUGGGAUUUCUUGUGAAGACAUUAAUGAAUGCGUAACAGAUACACACACCUGCCAGCGGAGGGAACACUGCGUCAACACGAUGGGAUCAUUUAAAUGUCUCCAGGAAUUGAGCUGUCAGCCAGGUUAUGAACUUAAAGAUGGAGAAUGUGUUGAUAUUGACGAAUGUGAGAGAGGAACUCACAGUUGUAAAGUGAACUUCGUUUGUCAGAAUACAGAGGGAUCGUUUUACUGUGAGUCAAAGCAACGUUGCAUGGAUGGAUUUUUACAAGACCCUGAGGGAAACUGUGUUGAUAUUAAUGAAUGCACAUCUCUCCCUGAGCCGUGUAAACCAGGAUUCAACUGCAUCAAUACCGUUGGAUCUUACACCUGCCAAAGGAACACGCUGACGUGCAGCAGAGGCUACCAUUCCAAUGAGGAGGGAACACGAUGCAUCGAUGUGGAUGAAUGUCAAACUGGUGUACACCGUUGCGGUGAAGGACAGAUUUGUCAUAAUCUUCCUGGGGCUUAUCGCUGUGACUGCAAGAUGGGCUAUCAGUAUGAUGCAUUCAGCAGAACCUGCAUUGAUAUAAAUGAGUGCUGGAAUUACCCUGGACGCCUGUGUCAGCACACGUGUGAAAACACCCCUGGGUCCUACCAUUGCACUUGUUCUUCUGGUUUCCGCCUGUCUUAUGAUGGGAAGCACUGUGAAGAUGUGAAUGAAUGCGAUGCAAGUCCCUGCAGCCAGGAGUGUGCCAAUGUUUAUGGUUCCUACCAGUGUUACUGCAGGCAAGGUUUCCAGCUAGCAGAAGAUGGUCAUUCUUGUAAAGAUAUCGAUGAGUGCACGCAGAGUGCAGGCAUUCUUUGUACUUUCCGCUGUGUGAAUGUUCCUGGUAGUUAUCAGUGUGCUUGUCCUGAGCAGGGAUAUACCAUGGCAGCAAAUGGAAGAACCUGUCGAGAUAUCGAUGAAUGUGCAAUAGGAACCCAUAACUGUUCAGCUGCAGAGUCUUGCUAUAACAUCCAGGGCAGCUUCCGCUGCCUGUCCUUCGAGUGCCCUUCCAACUACAGAAAAGUGUCUGACAUGAGGUGUGAACGGAUCAGUUGCUUUAAUUAUCUGGACUGCCAAAAUACCCCAGUGCGCAUUACCUACUACCAGCUGAACUUCCAAACCAAUAUCAUGGUCCCAGCUCAUAUUUUCCGUAUUGGACCAUCGCCUGCCUAUGCUGGAGACAACAUAAUCCUCACUAUCAACAAAGGAAAUGAAGAAAACUACUUCAGCACUCGAAGGCUGAACUCAUACACAGGCAUUGUCUAUCUUCAACGACAAGUGAAAGAGCCCAAAGACUUUUUGUUAGAUGUUGAAAUGAAACUGUGGCGUCAGGGAACAUACACUACUUUUCUUGCCAAAAUUUACAUUUUCAUCACAGCUCAUGCAUACUGAAGCAUGUAUUGACAUUGGAAUUUAUUGGUGCUAUGCUCUUUAUUUGUUCUACCAAAGCUUAAUACUGUUGAACUGGCAUUUAAUGUAUCUAGCCUUUAUAUUAUUUUUCUAUCAUUGCUUUAAACUUUUUUUUUUUUACUGGUUGUGUAAAUUAAGUUAAUUUUUUUCUUUUUUUUUGUUUGUUAUGUAAUUCUUCACAUCAUCAUUUGACAAUGAGUGAAAGAGGGAUUAGAAAGGCAGUACAUACAUUAUGUUAAAUGCUGGAACCUUUUCUUAGAAAUUAUUUUUAGGUUUAGUCACAUCUGCAAGGUAUUGCACUAGAGAGGAAAGUUGUUCACUUGGGAGCAUUGCUGCUUGCCAUUAAGUUGAAAAACCUUGAGCAAUUUCUCUUUACUACACAAACUUAGUUUGGCCACUGAGGUUUCUCUGUGUUGAGAUGCUGCGUCAGCUGCGUCAAGAGCUAUGUGCAUACGUUGAUGGUUAGCUCACCUCGUAUUACAGGUUUGUUUCCUCUUUCCAUCUUUUAUAAUAUGUUGCCUAAAAAUAUAUAUAAAUAAAAGAAAACUCCACGAGUGAA